UCCAGGUAUAAAAGAGAAGGAAACUCAAUAAAAUCGUCCGGCAUUUUGGUGGCAUAGCACCCCUCGCACUUUCCUUGGUUGGUGGCAGUGACUUGGAACUUGGAACACUUGGAACAAAAUGGGUCGCAAGGGAAGGAAGGGAGGCGGUGGAGGAGGAGGAGGCAAGCGUGCCACCACUACUGCCACCACGUUUGACUCAUCCCAGGUGCAGGAGUUUAAGGAGGCCUUCGGAGUGUUGGACCAGAACAGAGAUGGCUUCGUCGACAAGGAGGAUCUGAAGGAUACGUAUGCCUCAUUUGGCAAGAACCCGGACGACUUCAGGGAACAGAUAGACAAGAUGAUCGGGGAGGCAUCUGAGCCAAUCUCGUUCCAGGUCUUCCUGUCUCUGUUCGGAAACAAGAUGAAGGACACCAACCCCGUGGAGCAGCUCUUGAAUGGAAUGAAGCAGUUUGACCCGAAGGGCAAAGGCUUUCUGCCCAAGUUGAAGGUAAAGGAGAUCUUCUGUGAGAGGGGCGACAGGUUCUCAGAGGAUGAGUGGAAUAAGAUGUUGGCGGGAGCCCCGUGGGCUGUGAACAAGAAGGGCCAGUUCAACUGGGUGGGUUUCCUGACAUACGUCCGCACGGGCGCUGAGCCGGAGGACGACGAAUGAGCAGGCGGCAGGCUGGGCCAUGGGAGUCAGACCGACAUCUCUGACUCCGCGUGCAUGCCGAGAUAGAUCAUAUAUGUGCCGAAUCAUCACGUUUUGCUGCAUGUUCAUACCAAUAACAUGUACGCAGCACAACAGAAAAGUCCCAGAAACUUUUUCACCGCGAACCAUCACCAAACCUUCACCUUGUGGUGUAUGGUUGUGUUUGUACAUUUUUCACUAGUGUGUGUGCUUUUAUGUUGUUUUGCAAACAAACACGUCACAAAUCAUCCAGAAGAUCGAACGGGAAUCUAGGCGUGCGUUAUUCUCCUUGAUCUUCGAAGUAGUUUAAAUUAUCCACCACCCUUCCCGAAAAAGAGUGAAGAGCCAGAAAAAUGUUUCAAGGAAGUUCUGUGUAACUAAGUGUGCUGCUCCACGUACUUUGUACAUGUCAUUUCAUCUUCAUUUCAUGCACUAAGAUUAAACUACCAUGUCAUUCAUC